AUGGUGAAUCGGGGAUAUCGAUAUGUUUUAGCUAAGAGCCCAGGUACUUCAAGCUCCUGUUGUUUAUUGCUGAACCCUGAGACAGGGCUGUUAGAAGAAGACUGGCAGGUAGAAGAAUCUAAUAAUAAUCAGAGUAAUAACUUAACAUCUAUUAAGAAUAAGAGGAAGAACAACCAGGCUCUUCAAUUACAUGGCAAAGAAUACAAAGGUCUUCAAAGAGCGGGGGGAACUGUGAUCGAGACUGAGAAGUCUAAAAGA